AUGUCUCCCAUCACCGCUGCUUCAUUCCUCCUGCUGCUGGCUCACUGCGGGGCCAGUCGCUUGGGCCCGUUCAAGCCGUGCCCAUCAUGCAGAGACCCAGGCAGGGAGCACCAUUCGGCCGGCAGCACCACAGCCCUGGCCCUGGGAGAGCCGUGCGGGGUCUAUACGCUGAGCUGUGCCAGAGGCCUCCGCUGCAUGCCUCCUCCCAGAGACCACAGCCCGCUCCAGGCUCUGCUCCAGGGGAGAGGGGUGUGUGCCAAAAGCAGCCGCACAGUGCCCACCGACAGACCGCACCCGGCAGGCCCUAAUCCUUCGCACGGCGGUGAUAUGGACAAAGCUCCGUGUCGUCGGCUCUUGAACAGCGUUCUCAGGGGUCUGGAGCUCACACUGUUCCAGUCGGACAAAGAUAUUUAUGUCCCCAACUGUGAUACGCGUGGAUUCUACAGGAAAAAACAGUGUCGCUCGUCUAAGGGGAUGCAACGUGGCCACUGCUGGUGUGUGGAUGAACUUGGGACACCGCUGCCCUCACGCGCUCCUCAAGAUGGCGCUGUGCUGUGUGACGUUGAGUGA